AUGAAAAAACUUGCUUGUCUAGCGUUUACUAUACUAGUGGCGCAAAAUCUCAGAAGUCUCAUUCGAGGACAACCGGGAGCCUUGGGUCCACCUGGCAGUCCUGGUCGUUCGUCAGUAACCCGAGUUGGUGUACCAGGUCCCAAAGGUCUUCCCGGCAGGCCUGGACCGCCCGGCGAGCCUGGUCCUAGGGGAUAUCAACCUCCACCAGGACCUCCUGGGCUUACUGGUGUAAUGGGCCCACCGGGAAAGCCUGGCGCUUCAGGACAACCAGGAAGUACUGGAUACAGUGGAGCGCCAGGAGAGCCAGGCCAAGAUGGUGAGUAUUGCCCAUGCCCUCCAAAAAGUGGUGAAAUAAACAGAUACCAGUCUACACCCUUCACUAAUUAUCAUUCGGCUCCACCUGCAACUUACCGAUCAGUAGCAACACCGAGUUUCCAAGUGAAUGUACCUCCAGCGCCAAAUUACCAGAUUCAACCACCUUCAAAUUAUAAUUAUGACCUACAACCAGGGAAGUAUGGGACAAAUUCGUAUAGCCUAGAUGGAAUCGGCCUCGGAGAAGCUCCGGUGGAGCGAUCAGAAUACAGAAGAAGGCUGAACAUCGCAUGCGCAAUUUUGGCUGCUGAUAUAUGCGAUGCUCGUGGACCCACAUUAUAG